CAUUGCCAAAAUGGGAGUCUCCUGGUUUAAAUGAAAUAAACCUCCCACGUGUAAAGACGAAAUUGCAGGAUGAGGAAAUCACCCAGCCACCAGCCUGGCGAUAAAUUCUCACUUCGUGUCAUUCUCCCUUGUCUCCCAUUUUGCUGCCUUGCUAUAGGCCUACAACUCUUUCCCUACAACUAUGCAGAUAUUUCAGAAACCUUACCAGCAGUUGUUUGAACACAACAAAUUCAUGUGCAAUUUCAUCAAGGACAAGAUGCAGAGCCACAAGGAGAGAUGGGAAGAAGGCAACGAACCACAAGAUCUGCUGGACUUCUAUCUGGAGUUCAUAUCCAAGAACAAAAACGACUCCGAUUCCAUUUUCAGCGAGGAGAACAUGGUUCAAAUUGUUGUCGACCUGUUGAUUGGAGGAGCAGAGACCAGCACAACCACUUUGUACUGGGGCCUCCUUUAUUUGCUCAAAUAUCCAGAUGUGCAAGAAAAAAUCCACCAUGAAAUAGAUGCCAUUCUGGAGCCUUCUCAAAUGAUCACUUACGAGGAUCGGAACAGAUUACCCUACACGAACGCCGUGCUGCAUGAAAUUGUUCGCUACAGCAACGUCACAAUUACAGGGCCCUUACGGAAAUGCCUGAAGGACAUUGUUAUCAUGGGGUCCCCCAUUGGAAAGGGAACUCUUCUGCUGCCCAAUGCUCAUUCUGUGCUGUAUGACCCAGAGCACUGGAAAACCCCUUGGAAAUUCAAUCCAGAACAUUUCCUUGAUUUUGAAGGCAAGUUUGUGAACAAUGAAGCUUACUUGCCAUUCUCAACAGGUAAAUUAAUGGAUCAAUAGGAACCUUGUUUCCAGAACCUGGCCUGAAUCGGCUUUUAGAAACCCGUAGAGCAGCGUUUCUCUCAACCUGGCCUACUUGAAGAAGUGUGGAGGUUCAAUCCACAGAAUUCCCCAGCCUGUAUGUUGGCUGGAGAAUUCUGGGACUUGAAGUCCACACUUCUUCAAGUUUGCCAAGAAUGAGAAAUACAGCUACUCCUUGACUUUCAAAGCAAAAAAAAAAUUGAACCCCAAAUUUCUG